AUGCCCUCUCAAUCAUCACCUCCGUCUUCAUCACCCGCUUUGAAACGAAAACAACAGACGAUAUCCAGUUUCUUUACCAAAAAACCUACCGUGACCCAAAAGACACCGUCGAAUGAACAAAACGCAAAGCGCGAAACAGAUACUCCGGCAAAACAAGCUGCUACAGGAAAAGAGAAUGUCGACACGUUUCGCGGCCACAGCCCAGCAGCACAGAGCAAAGAAGAACAACAACAACAACACGAAGAAGAAGAUAACGACGACGAUGAUAUUGUCCAACCGCCGUCGAAACGAGUCCGUGCCACCGUCGAUGAUUCAAAGACGACGAUAUCACACGCAGAAGCGGAUAUUCUGAAGCUCUCACAAGCCAGCAGCGUGGCGCGGACUGAUCGAUUCAAAUUCACGAGUUCCCCCGUCGUUGCAGAGAAUAAUAACAGCACACAAGAGGAGGAAGGUGGACAGUCGCGCAAGGAGAAGGAUAAAAUGCAUCAGAAAUUUGUCAGGAAAUUGGGCGGAGCGGAUUGUGUUAUUGGUAUCGCCAAAAGGACUGGCGGUGGUGGUGAAGAGAACAAUGUUGCUGGUGAUGAUGAGGCAGAAGACGACGAUGAACCUGCGCCAGCACCAGUUGCAAAAGGAAAAGCAUCCAAGAAGGGAGGAGGCUCAAAAUUGACACCGAUGGAGAAACAGGUGAUCGAAAUCAAACGCAAGCACAUGGAUACUCUGCUCGUGGUCGAAGUUGGCUACAAGUUUCGCUUCUUUGGCGAAGAUGCGCGGACUGCUGCCAAGGAAUUGAGUAUUGUGUGUAUACCGGGGAAAAUGAGAUUCGACGAACACCCAUCCGAGGCGCAUUUGGACCGUUUUGCGUCUGCUAGUAUACCGACACACCGAUUGCAUGUGCAUGUGAAAAGACUGGUCUCUGCAGGCCACAAGGUUGGCGUGGUUAGACAACUGGAGACCGCGGCACUCAAGGCAGCUGGCGAUAAUCGAAACGCCCCUUUUGUUCGGAAGCUUACGAAUGUGUAUACCAAAGGAACGUACAUAGACGACGUGGAAGGAUUGUCCGUGCCGGCGGCAUCGAUGGGCGGUACUACGCCUGCGACGGGCUACCUGCUUUGCAUUACUGAGGUCAAUACCAGUGGAAGUGACGAGCGUGUAAACGUUGGCAUCGUUGCUGUGCAACCAGCUACCGGAGAUAUCAUCUACGAUGAGUUUGAAGACGGCUUUAUGAGAGGCGAAAUCGAGACGAGGCUGCUUCACAUUGCCCCCUGUGAGAUUCUCAUUGUUGGAGAUUUAUCCAAGGCCACCGAGAAGCUCGUAAAACAUCUUUCUGGCAGCAAGAUGAAUGUCUUUGGAGAUAAAGUCCGAGUAGAGCGGCAAACACGGUCAAAAACAGCCGCGGUAGAAGCACACAGCCGUGUAGCCAGUUUCUACGCCGACAAGAUGAAAGCCUCUGGAACCACCGAUGACACGCAAGCGAGUGCUUUGCUGGCAAAAGUAUUGCAGCUGCCAGACCAAGUCACCGUGUGCCUCUCUUCUAUGAUUGAGCAUUUGUCUGAAUAUGGUCUGGAACACGUAUUUGAUCUUACCAAAUACUUUCAAUCCUUUUCUGCACGAUCGCACAUGCUCUUGAACGGAAACACGUUGACUAGUCUUGAGGUGUACCAGAACCAGACCGACUAUUCCAGCAAGGGCAGUCUCUUCUGGACAAUGGAUCGAACUCGAACCCGCUUCGGCCAGAGACUGCUUCGCAAAUGGGUUGGCAGGCCUCUGUUGGAUAAAUCCCGACUUGAAGAACGAGUUGCCGCAGUGGAGGAGUUGCUGUCCUCAGAACAGCACGUCCAUAUCGAGAAGCUCAAGGGACUCUUGGGCAAAGUCAGAAGUGACCUAGAGAGAAGCUUGAUUCGUAUAUAUUAUGGAAAAUGCACUCGGCCAGAGCUUCUCACGGUCCUUCAGACAUUGCAGAUGAUAACCAACGAGUUUUCUCAUAUAAAAUCACCUGCUGACACCGGGUUCAAGUCGUCCUUAAUCAACGAAGCCAUUGCUGCCUUGCCUACGAUCCAAGAAGACGUUGUGCUUUUCCUUGACAGGAUUAAUAUGCAUGCAGCAAAGAAUGACGACAAGUACGAAUUCUUCCGCGAGUCCGAGGAAAACGACGAGAUCAUGGAGCAGAAACUCGGCAUAGCAUCCGUCGAACACGACCUGGAGGAACAACGUUCUGCAGCUGCGGAAGCUUUGGGCAGGAAGAAAGUCGACUACGUCACGUCAGCAGGUAUCGAGUAUUUGAUUGAAGUCGACAACAGCUCAGCCCAAAUCAAACGAGUGCCUGCAUCAUGGGUGAAGAUUAGCGGGACGAAAAAGCUGUCACGCUUUCAUACGCCAGAAGUGGUCAAACUUCUAAAACAGCGUGACCAGCACAAGGAAGCCCUGGCAGCAGCUUGUGAUAAAGCGUACAAGGACCUGCUGGCGGGGAUUUCGGCAAAGUACCAGUCGUUCCGCGACUGCAUCCAAGCUUUGGCUUUGCUCGAUUGUCUCUGCUCCCUCGCGGCCAUUGCCAAACAACCGGGAUAUACCAAGCCGGAAUUCACAGAUGAUACGUGUAUCGCGGUCGAGAAAGGCCGUCACCCAAUGGUUGAACAACUACUUUUGGAAAGCUACGUUCCAAACGACACAGCGCUUAAUGCUGACGGAACUCGAGCACUCCUCAUUACUGGGCCUAAUAUGGGCGGCAAAUCGAGCUACGUGCGCCAGGUCGCGCUAAUUGCAAUCAUGGGCCAGAUCGGAUCUUAUGUACCGGCGGAAUCAGCAAAACUAGGCAUGCUGGAUGCUGUUUUCACCCGCAUGGGAGCGUUUGACAACAUGCUCACUGGCGAGUCUACCUUUAUGGUGGAACUAUCCGAAACGGCCGACAUUCUGAAACAGGCGACUCCUCGGUCCCUUGUCAUUCUGGACGAACUCGGCCGAGGCACGUCGACUCACGACGGCGUCGCCAUCGCCCAAGCCGUUCUCGACUACAUGGUGCGGCAGAUUCGCGGCCUAACGCUGUUUAUCACACACUACCAGCACCUCUCGGCAAUGGCCAAGUCGUUCCCCAACCGCGAGCUUCGUAACGUGCACAUGAAAUUCGAGGAAUCCGCAGACCGACACGACGAAGAAAUAACAUUCCUUUACGAGGUCGGCGAGGGCGUGGCUCAUCGCAGCUACGGUCUUAAUGUGGCUCGACUAGCCAAUCUUCCGGCCUCGCUGCUGGAUGUUGCUAAGCAGAAGAGCAGCGAAUUGGAGGAAAAGAUUAGGCGUAGGAGACUGGUGGCGGUUGUGAAGAGUGUGGAGAGUGUCUUGACUGAGGGCGUUGUCCCUGCAGCUGCAGAAGACUCAAUGGUUGAUAAGCUUGUAGCAGUGGCCGAGCAGCUUUGA